GUGUAUGUGUGUGUGUGUGCUUGGUUCAGACUCUGAAACACUGCAUUAGUCCUGCUGAGGUCAGUCAGUCCUCUGCGCAGCGCGAGCUCACACUGCUGCUGUCCAGCACGAGCACCAACAUCAGCACCAGCUCCAGCUCCUGUAGAACCUCCCUCAGAACCCGUCCCGGCAUGGGUCCAGCCCGGCUCCUCGUCCCGCUGACCCUCCUGCUGUGGUCCAGCCAAGCCAAGAGGGUCUUCAAAUGCCCUUCAGGAUGCACGUGCACCUCUGACUCCAUUAUCUGCGUCGGAUCGUCUUUCAUCCCCAAGACCGUCCCAAAUGACAUCAACUCCCUGAGCAUUGUGAAUGGCAGCUUCCCAGAAAUCAAGCAGGCAAUGUUCUCCCUUAUGCCGUCACUGCAGUUACUGCUCCUUAAUUCAAAUUUACUCUCCAGUAUAAAGGAGGAUGCGUUCACAGGCCUCCCACAUCUCGAGUAUCUGUUUAUUGAGGGAAACAAGAUAGAAGAGAUCAGCAAAAACGCCUUCAGAGGACUCCGCGACAUCACACACCUGUCCUUGGCAAACAACAACAUGAAGAGUCUGCCUAAAGGCCUGUUCUCAGAUUUACACUCUCUGAUAGAGCUAGACCUGCGAGGGAACCCGUUUCAGUGCGACUGCCAGUCCAUGUGGCUCAUGCUGUGGCUGAAGAGAUCCAACGCCACCAUCUCAGACGUUUACUGCACAGAACCAGCCAGCAUGAAGGGGGUUCUGCUGAAGGACGUCCCAGAGAAACACAGCAAAUGCAUCUCCACUGAUUUCAUUCCUCAUCAGACUAUAAACACGCAGUCCAUGACAGCAGAUAUUUUCUUCUAUAAAGAAGAUAUCUACGUAGCCAUGGCCGUCCCAAACUCAGACAGCUGCUUAGUGAUGGAGUGGGAUCACAUCGAGACCAAAUUCAGACCUUUUGAUAACAUUACAGGGCGUUCCAUCAUCGGGUGCAGAUCGGUACUAAUCGGUGAUCAUGCGUUUGUGAUUGUCGCUCAGCUCUUCGCCGGCACUCACAUCUACAAAUACAACCAGGAGCAGAACAAGUUCACCAAGUUCCAGAAGGUGGAAAUGCUGAACGUCUCCAAACCCAACGAUAUCGAGGUGUUCCGCGUCGGGGACGACUGGUUCUUCCUGAUCGUGGACAGCUCUAAGGCGGGCAUGUCCACGCUGUUCCGGUGGAACGACACCGGCUUCUUCCAGCACCAGUUCCUCCAUGAGUGGUUCCGUGACACCGACGCCGAGUUCCUCGACCUGGACGGGAAGCCGGUGCUGAUCCUGGCCAGUCGCUCGCAGGCGCCCGUCAUCUACCAGUGGAACAAGAACACCCAGAUGUUUGUGCUGUUCGACGAGAUCCCCAACAUGGAAGACAUGGUCAGCUUGAAGGCUUUCAGAAUCAAUGACGUCCUGUACUUGGCGCUGGCGUGCUACAUCGGUGAUUCGAAGGUCCUGAAGUGGACGGGUAAGAAUUUCGAGGAGGUGCAGGGCAUUCCUUCACGUGGCGCCAUGGUCCUACAGCCCUUUACCUUCAAAGAGCAGAACUAUCUCAUUCUGAGCAGCGACUACUCCUUCUCUCAGAUCUUCAGGUGGGACGUGGAGAACCAGGUUUUCGUCAAGUUUAGAGAAGUCUACGUCCAGUGGCCGCGUUCCUACACCCCUCUGUCCACCGGUCAGCGAGACUUCCUCCUCGCCACCAGCUUUAAGGGGAAGACGAAGGUUUUCGAACACAUUUCUGUAGAUUACAGCCGAUGAAACUGAGGUCCAAAAGCGUACGACGUCAGAAUGAAUGCCUAACCAAUCUUUCCUCAGUGAAUAUGUAUGCGUAUAGCCCUGAAUAUCGACCAGUGCAAUGUUAGAUCACCAUUUAUGGUUGUAUUGCCUUUCAUUUUGCCCGGACAAGGCAUAAUGUGGUGCAUGUUUCUUAUUUUGAUUAUGCAAAUGUAUAACAUUUAUACAACCGUCUCAAACGUAAGGAAAAACACAUACGUGAAAGCAGUUUGUCAGACUGUGAUACAGUGUUAGACACGAGCUGAAGAAGAUGGUGGAAACCUGUAGGAUCAUAUCAUCCACAUGGCGGCAAUCUUAAAUGUCGCCAUUUUGGAUUCAACUCUAGUUUUUCAAAUGGGAAGAAGGUAAGCUGAUUUGUGGCAUGGCUUACCCCACAUUUUAGUGACAGAUGACGGGUUCUAAAUUAUUGACUCCUGUUGAAUGAGAAUAGCUGUUUUUAGUCGUUCAGCUUUCAAUUUAUUGGCAAUAAAUCCUGUUUUUUAGAAUUACACUGUGGGUAAUAAUGGGCCUGGUUGGGUUGCGUUGGUUAAAAUCUUCCAAGUGUGCUUUAUUUACCAUAAAUGAGGACUAUCUUUAUAUGUUCUGCUUGGGAUAAUGCCAUGCUUUACAUUGCCUGUAGAGUAAAAGAUCAAUUUCACUGACUCAUCUGUAAAUUAAAUUAAAUUAUGUUGAAAUGAAGCACAACAAUGUUUUUCUUGUAAAAUUCUCUACCAGUUUGAUGUGUCACACACCUACCUUCCCAUUUAAACAAAAACUGAAGUUGAAUCCAAGAUGGUGGCAUUCAAGAUGGCCGCCAUUUUACAUGUUUCAACCUUCAUCCACAGAUUGUUUCUACACUCAGAUCACCGUCUACCAAACUGUUUUCCAUUUUAUAUGGAAGCCUCUUUACUUUUGAGACACCCUGUACUAUAAAUACUUACUUCAGGCUUUGGAAAAUCAAACCUUUUGCUGCUUAUCUUCUACAAGGUCUUCUCAGAUCAAUCACCUGAAACUGUGUUUAUCAUGUAAAGCCAUAAUCGAGACAUACUAAAACGACUGUUAGCGUAAAUCUCGCUGAGACGAGUGAGCGAGCAAGUGAUCAAUCGAAGGUCUGAACAUAUGAACUGUUUCUGUACAUUGAUUUAAUUAAUGCUAUGCAAGUAGAUGACCAAAGACAGCCGAUUAUAGAACCCGAGCAAUAUCUCCUAUACGGAAUGAAUGCCUUAUGCCUGUAUAGCUGUUGUAUAGCUUUUGUAGGUGGAGCUUUGGUUGUGAGUUGAUUGGCAGCUGGUGAAGCUGUGAGUUGUAUGCACUCAUAAACAAACUGAAUAAAGAAACACACAGUUCUAUAA